AAUGAUGAGUUCCCGUUCUGAGUACAAUUAAGGCCGUCGUUCGUCUAUAAAUAGAGGAAUUGAAUGACAGGCGAUAGUCGUAGAGUUUCGCCAAAGGAGAGGAGCUUGUAAGCUUCAAUACCAGAUCCACGGCAGCAAGCCUUUCUACUCUUCCAGCUCCCACUGAAAAUGGAGACCUUCCUAUUCACCUCCGAGUCAGUGAACGAAGGCCACCCCGACAAGCUCUGCGACCAGAUCUCCGAUGCAGUGCUCGACGCCUGCCUUGCCCAGGACUCCGACAGCAAGGUCGCUUGCGAGACCUGCACCAAGACCAACAUGGUCAUGGUCUUUGGUGAGAUCACCACCAAGGCCAACGUAGACUAUGAGAAGAUAGUCCGCGACACCUGCCGUGCCAUUGGUUUCGUCUCCGACGACGUUGGCCUCGAUGCUGAUAAUUGCAAGGUCCUUGUCAACAUUGAGCAGCAGAGCCCUGACAUUGCCCAGGGUGUCCAUGGUCAUCUCACCAAGCGCCCUGAGGAGAUUGGUGCUGGUGAUCAGGGCCACAUGUUCGGCUAUGCCACCGAUGAGACCCCUGAGCUGAUGCCUCUCAGCCACGUCCUUGCCACCAAGCUCGGCGCCCGUCUCACUGAAGUCCGCAAGAACGGCACCUGCGCAUGGCUGCGGCCCGAUGGGAAGACCCAAGUCACUGUCGAGUACCACAACGAAAAUGGUGCCAUGAUCCCCAUCCGUGUCCACACCAUCCUCAUCUCCACCCAGCACGACGAGACUGUCACCAACGACGAGAUUGCCGCUGACCUCAAGGAGCAUGUCAUCAAGCCCGUCGUCCCGGAGAAGUACCUUGAUGAGAAGACCAUCUUCCAUCUCAACCCCUCAGGCCGGUUUGUCAUUGGUGGCCCACACGGCGAUGCUGGCCUCACUGGCCGCAAGAUCAUCAUUGACACUUAUGGUGGGUGGGGCGCACACGGAGGUGGUGCCUUCUCAGGCAAGGACCCCACCAAGGUGGACAGGAGCGGUGCCUACAUUGUAAGGCAGGCGGCCAAGAGCAUUGUAGCCAGUGGGCUUGCCCGCAGGUGCAUUGUGCAGGUGUCCUAUGCCAUCGGAGUUCCGGAGCCAUUGUCAGUGUUCGUGGACAGCUACGGCACUGGCAAGAUCCCAGACAAGGAGAUUUUGAAGAUUGUGAAGGAGAACUUCGAUUUCAGGCCUGGCAUGAUCGCCAUCAACCUGGAUCUGAAGAGGGGUAGCAAUGGGAGGUUUCAGAAGACGGCUGCCUAUGGCCACUUUGGAAGGGACGAUGCAGAUUUCACCUGGGAGGUUGUAAAGCCAUUGAAGUGGGACAAGGCCACUGCUUAAAUAUGCUCUAAUUCACAAGAAUUCCAGCCCCCAUAAUAAGAGCCUGCUGCUGCUGCUGCUGCUCUCUCUCUCUAACCGGUCUGCAAUCUGCAAUACCAUCUUCAUAUUGUGUCUCUUGUUUUGUUUUUCUUUUUAAUUUUGUUAUUGUGAUGAUGUCGUGUUAGUUGCGGCAAAUGGAGAAGUUAAUUUUUGUUGGAGUCUGGAAAAAGAGAAGAAAAAGUUCAAAUUUGA